CAGGAAAGUCAAAGUAACCCUGUUACACUGCCCAGAGGGAGCCAUGGCCACAGACAACCUCGUGGAAAGUCUCCAGGAGGAAGCUACCUGCUCCAUAUGUCUGGAGUAUUUUAAGGACUCAAUUACUAUAGACUGUGGGCACAAUUUCUGCCGAACCUGCAUUGCCCAGUGCUGGGAGAGACCAGAUACAGACGUCUCCUACCCUCAAUGCAGAGAAACUGUGCAACAGGAAACAAACCUCAGGCUGAACAGGAAGCUGGCAAAUGUUGUAGAAAUCGCCAAACGGUUUAGUUUACAGGCAGCAAAGGGAGCAGGAGAGGAGAGGGUGUGUGGGGAACACCAGGAGACUCUGAAACUGUUCUGUGAAGAGGAUCAAACUUCUGUCUGUGUGGUUUGCCAUCUAUCCCGGGAUCACAGAGAUCACAGGGUGGUUCCCAUACAGGAAGCUGCCCAGGAGUACAAGGAGAAACUCCAGGGAGCCCUGGGCCCUCUGAGGAAGGAGCUGGAAGAGGCCCUGGCUCUGAUGUCUGCAGAGGAGGAGAAAACCACAGAAUGGCAGCCAGGUGAUGAACCCAUGGGAAAAAAAGUCUGUUCAGAUUCAUCUGCCUCUUACGGUGAAAUCCCUGCAGGGAGCGUGGGGGGUGUGAGGAAGACGCCAGCAGCAGGGAUGAGAGGAGAAGGGAAAGUGAAGAAUAGGAGAGAGAUGAUUGCAGGUGAAUUUAACAAACUGCACACACUGCUGAGAGAGGAGGAACAGCUGCUUCUGCAGAGUCUGGAGGAGGAGGAGAGGGAGACUCUGCAGAGACUACAGGAAAAUGUAACCAAACUCUCCCAGCAAAGCUCCUCUCUGCAGCAGCUGAUCACAGAGAUGGAGGAGAAGUGUCAGCAACCAGUUGUCGAGCUGCUAAAGGAUGUGAAAAGCACCUUGAGCAGGAGUGAGAAUGUGAAACUCCAGAAACCAGAAGCUGUUUCUACUGAUCUGGAGAACGUGUAUAAAAUUUCCCUUGACAUGAGGGAAGCGCUGAAGAGAUUUGGAGUGGACGUGACUCUGGAUCCAGACACGGCAAAUCCCUGGCUCGUCCUGUCUGAGGAUCGGAAACGUGUGAGACAUGGAGACAAACGCCAGGAUCUGCCCAACAACUCUGAGAGAUUUGAUUAUUGUGUCUUUGUCCUGGGCGCUGAGGGGUUCGCGGGCGGGAGGUGUUACUGGGAGGUGGAGGUGGGAGACAAGACAGGCUGGGACCUGGGGGUUUGUAGGGAAUCUGUGAACAGGAAGGGAUGGGUCACACUCUCACCUGAGGAUGGAUUCUGGGCCAUAUGGCUGAGGGAUGGGGGAUACAAGGCCCUAACCUCCACCCCGACCCCCCUCCCCAUGAGCGUCAGGCCCAGCCGGGUGGGGAUUUUCCUGGACUAUGAGGCGGGCGAGGUCUCGUUUUACAAUGUGACUGACAGGUCCCAUCUCUACACUUUCACCGACACCUUCUCCGGGAAGCUCUGCCCUUAUUUCUGUCCCUGUAACAACGCUGGGGGUAAAAACGCGGCUCCUCUGAUCAUCUGCCCUGUCCCAGCUCAGGCCGGAGGGAAUCUCUGUCCCUGACAGUGACCCCGCGGCACAGACUGGCCCCUCCCAGCCCCGCUGCUCUUCCCGUCCCAGUGUUGGGGGUCAGUUACUGCAGCAACUGGACUUUCUGUGCUGACCGGACGCUGCCAGUUUCUUUUUUCAACUGGAGCUUCCAGUUGAAAACCGGACACCUGGGAACCCCCAGCCCCCACCUUCCCCGUCCCCUGCCCCAGGGGUAGCAGAUGGUAGGGGAUGGGGUCAUUCACUCCAGUCAGAAUUUUCUAACCCUGUGAAAUCUCAGUGUAAAAUAUGAAAGAAAAAAUAUUUUAAUUUAGAAAAUAUUGUUGAAACAAGGUGUAAAUACAAGAGUAUUUUAAUUUACAUUUCAACAGUAUCUCGAAAACAAGCAUCUAAAUAUAUUUGUAGAAAUGGAAUUAUUUACAUUUUUUUUAUUUUUCCCUCAAAUCUAUAGUCAAGUUUAACUUCUCUAAAUAAUGUCAUUUGUAUUUCAAUUGUGGAAUUUCAAGAAAUCCAAACUAUUUAUCUUAACAAAAUAAACUAUUAAAUUGUCAGACUGGGUUGUUCAGUUACAAUGUACACGUGUCAUAAACAUGACAACUACACGUGCAGCUGCUCUCUGUACUCUCUCCCCCUUCUGUCUUUAUUGUCUUUACUUGUUCUCUCUGGAUGGCAGGACACAUACAUCCACCUCCUGCACUACACUUUUAACAAUUAAUAGUUGAAAAAAUGAUAGAAUUAAUUAAGCAAUAUGUUUAAGUUAACUCACACAUGAUUAUAUAAUAAUCUUUGAACUUCUGUCAGCAUUAAUUCAUGUGAUUUACUUUCUAACUUUCAUUGGUAAUCAAGAUAUGACCCUUCCUUUCUUUUUCUUACAUCAAUUAACAAAUACAGGUCUCCAACCUCAAAUGCUCUCUUCCUAUCGAUAGAAAUCUCUUCUACAAUCUCCAGUUUUUAGUUUAUUUUUCUUAGACAUAUUAUUUGCCAGGACAAUGUACUGUCACUGUGUCAGCUAUUGAUUUCAAGUGUACUGCCAGGCUCUUCAUGUCUUGGUUAUAAGGACACAACAAAUGCAGUUUGAUAAAGAAAUAGAGAAGGGGUUGUGUUCCUUUACUGAAUCAUCACAAAUUAACGUAAUUGUAUUAAAUAUGCUGGCACUUAGUGACACAUAACAUGAAAUUUAGUGAAGCUUUUUGAUAAAACUUUCUUUUUGACCAUAAAUCAGUCGAAAGGGUGAUAUUUUUGUUGUCAUGUGAGGUUUAGAGUACAAAGAAAAUAAAGUUUCUCCAGGAAAUUCAUCACAAUUCCUCUGUGUUCUGUCCACUCCCUUCUGGAAUUCUCUGUCAAAAUAGUGACCAAUUGAUCUAAUUCCUUGAAAUUAGUGAUUGAGACUAAUUUCUUGAAGAUCUAGCUGAGCAGAGUCUGAGGGGUGGCACAUCACAUGGCAUUGCUGGGACUACUUUUUGUUUUAAACGUGAUGUGUGAUGAACAUUUUCAAUGUAAUAUUUCAGUUUUGAAGAUUUAUUCACAAUAUGCCAUCCAUGGCAGAGUGCCCUAAACGUCCCUUGAUUAUUUGAAAAUAAAUACCCUAAAAUU